AUGGAAAACCAAAGCUCCAUAAAAGAAUUUAUUUUCCUGGGCUUUUCAAACCACCCUGACUUGGGUGUGUUCUUCUUCUUAGUAUUCUUAGCCAUCUAUACAGUAACUCUAGUGGGAAAUGCUCUGAUAAUAACCCUAAUCAGAAUGGAUCCAAUCUUUAACACACCCAUGUACUAUUUCCUGAGCAACUUGUCAUUUCUAGACAUUUGCUACACUUCUGUCACUGUCCCUGUUAUGCUGACUAACUUCUUCCGGCCACAGAAAACCAUCUCAUAUGAAGGAUGCAUUGUGCAGCUCUUCUUCCUCAUUGUCUGUGCAGGAACGGAGUGUGUACUCUUGGCUGUCAUGGCAUAUGACCAAUACGUGGCUAUCUGCAGCCCCUUGCAUUAUUCCAGCAUCAUGAGCAAAAGUGCCUGCAUGAAGAUGGCAGCCUUCUCUUGGUUGUGUGGGCUGACAAACUCACUCGUGCAUACCCUCCUCACUUCUUCCUUAAACAUCUGCAAGUCCAAUCAGCUCAGCCACUUCUUCUGCGAUGUCCCAUUAUUGCUGAAGCUCUCCUGCUCAAACACUUCCAUCAAUGAAGCAGUGCUCCAUCUAGCCAGUGCCUUGAUAGGACUCAGCCCUUGCGUCUUCACUCUGAUCUCCUAUGUCCGUAUCAUCCAAGCCAUCCUGAAGAUCAGCUCCUCCAAAGGCAGAAUUAAGGCUUUCUCCACCUGUGCUUCACACUUGACUGUGGUUGUGAUAUUCUACAGUAUGGCCAACUUCAAUUAUAAUAGGCCUCGUUCUGGAUAUUCCCUAGAUAUAGAUGCUUUGGUUUCCUCACUAUACUGCAUUGUAACACCCAUGUUGAAUCCAAUUAUCUAUACACUGAGGAAUAAAGAGGUAAAGGUUGGCUUGUUGAGAAUGGGCAAGAAGUAUUUCCCUUCCUCAGUCAGGACCUAA